AAAGUUAUUUUACAAUUUUCUGAUUGAUCGCUUCGUUUAUGAGAUAAAUGCGUUUCUUUUCUCAAAAUCGGCAAUAAUGGAGAAAAUUGCUGCCCGUUCAAUUUGCUUGAUGAGAGCCUGAAUCGAGAAGUAUGUGACGUAACAUAAGGACAGGAAGUUUUUCUGAAGUGUGAUUUUUGCUAUAAUUUCUACUUUAUUUACUACGACUCUGCAUCAAAAUGCCUGAUAGAUGUGCAGUUUUCGGCUGUUCAAACCGAGCAAAUUCUGCGGAAGGAAUUUCUCUUCACCGUAUACCAUUUUACGGUGAUGAGCGUCCUGAAGCGAAGCGAAGACGUAAAAUCUGGGUGAAUUUUGUUGCAAGAAAACGCGCUCGAUGGACACCGAUUAAGUAUUCGGCUGUUUUCAAGCAGUGGUAUACAAUUAUCAACAUUUAUAUCUGAUAGACACAUAUCUAUCAGUAAACAUAUGAGGGAGAAAAUGGCACAUGUGAAGCACUAUUUUGAUUUAUGGCAUCUAAAAAAAAAAUUAACCAAAAUAAUAACAAAGCUUAGCAAUGUUGUAAUGUUUAAAGUUCAGUUGCUCAUGAAAAGCUUUGUGCUAAAUUGUUACACCCACAGCUGAUGAAGUCAAUUCAACAGGCUUCACCAGUUGCUCAAACAAGUUGUUUGGAAGGAUUCCAUUCUGUCCUGAAUCAUUUUGCUCCAAAAAUGAUUCAUUAUUCCUAUGUUGGAAUGUAUUGCAGACACAUUUUGGCAACCAUCCACUUCAACAACAACUUAAGGCGUGAUGUAAAGAUGAAGAAUGAUGGCAGUUCCCAAAUAAAUGUAGUGUAUCCAAAGUUUAAAAAUGGUGAAGGAACUGCGAGGGAUGUCAGAGUUAAGCCCAAAUUUGAGUAUGUGGAUGAAUUAUUUGAGAGUGUGAUGCUGUCAAUAAAAGACAAAGACGCAUUAUCAAAUUCACAAAAUCUUUUGAAAGAAAUGUCCUCACCACCAAUGAAUGUCAUGCUGCAAAAGCAACCCAGAUCUGAGGUGCUACUAAAACAGGUCCGUCGAAAAUGCAUUGUGGUCAAUGAUGUCCCUCCCUCAAUUCCAGCAGCUACCAGUGUGCCAUUCAGCUGUCAGUCAAAUGUGGCAGUUUCAAAAGAAAAAUGUCAGCCAAAAUGUUUGACAUGCAAGAAGCCAAUGAAAGGUCACAAACAUGUGGCAGAUUGCCCAAAAAAUAGGAAAACUUAAUUUUCACUUCACUCAUUUAUUUCAUUUUCUUCGUACCCUCUAAAUUCCAACUUUUUAUCAUUAAAUUUUGAUCUUAUUGCAUGGUAUGCACAUGCUGGUAAUGAUCUUCUUUCUUCUCCUAAGCAUCCAUAAAUCAUAGAUGUGAAUUCUCUGUAUGCAACACAUCGUAAAAACCUGAAUAUAAAGCCAAAUCAUUACUAAUGUGUCAUAACACUAAAAUAUACUUAAAUACUGGGAAAUAACAUAAUAUGCUAUCAUA